UUUGUGCCAGUCAGCUGCGCCUCAGCUGAUCGGAAACAGAAAACGGAUCCUUCAGGAGGUUAGAGGGAGAUCUGUGUGUGAGCAAUGGCUGAGGCCAUAGCCGAUACCAGGAGGUUGUUGUCCAAGCCACAGAACUUGAACGACGCCUAUGGACCCCCUAGUAACUUUCUAGAGAUUGACGUGAGUAACCCACAGACGGUCGGAGUAGGCAGAGGCAGGUUUACCACCUAUGAGAUCAGACUGAAGACCAAUCUUCCCAUUUUCAAGCUGAAGGAGUCCCGGGUGAGAAGAAGGUACAGUGACUUUGAAUGGCUGAGGAAUGAACUGGAAAGAGAAAGCAAGGUUGUAGUCCCUCCUUUACCUGGGAAAGCUUUGUUCCGUCAGCUGCCAUUCAGAGGAGAUGAUGGGAUAUUCGAUGACUCCUUCAUAGAAGAGAGAAGGCAAGGGCUGGAGCAGUUUCUAAACAAAGUGGCUGGACACCCGCUGGCCCAAAACGAACGCUGUCUUCACAUGUUUUUGCAGGAUGAGACCGUGGACAAAAAUUACACACCUUCCAAAAUCAGACAAGCCUGAAAGACACAGGGAUGGAUGCACACCAAUAGUAUCUGAUUUUUUUUUUCCUUCGCAGAGUUCAGAUGUUAUGGCUAAUUUUAUGGUUCAGAAAAUGAAUUAAUAAAAAAACAUCACCGAUCUGAUUUAAUUCCUCACUCUGUCAGCCUGAACUCUUGAGACAGUUAUGCAUAGUUAUCUAUCGGAAAUCUUUUCACUUUAAAUUCCACUAACUGCUUCUCAUAAUUUUCACUAACACUCACGCGUGAACAAAACUGAACUCAGUGAAAGUAUUACAUCGUUAGAAAAGAAACUCAUCUGCUGUGCCCGUGUUUAAACAAGCUGCACAUUUUCACUUGUCUUUGGUUUUCAGUUUCAUAUUGAUUUUGUGUUAAUUACUAGUUAAUACCUUCCACUAACUGAAAUACUGUAUGUGCAUCAACCAACACUUCCUCGAAGCCUAUAAAUGAUUUUCUACUGCAGAAACAGUGAGGAAAUAACAGCAUUUAUACUCUGUACAUUUAAAUUUGUAUACUGCUAUGCCAUUUUGUUUACAUUGAGAUUUUCCAAUAAAAAAGGUCAAACUUGUAUGCAUGACACAA